GUUUUCCGCAAGGUGGCGACUAAACUGACAGACAAACGAGUGGCUAUUUUUCUAUACACGAAGGAGCAAGUGAAAAUAUAUUAAGCAACGCAAUGGCUGCUAGAUUCAUACAGAAAAUUCUCAAUCAAUUGGGUCUUACGGCUGCGCGUGAUCCGGCAGCAGUUUCAGCGUCAACGGUCUUUACUGAAACAACACUUAAAGCCAAGGUCAACACAACUCCGUCUGCCAGUCGCGCCUACUCAUCUGGAUCUAAAAAGGUUACACUGAUCCCCGGCGAUGGCAUUGGUCCUGAGAUCUCCGCAGCCGUUCAAAAAAUAUUCGCUGCGGCGAGUGUGCCCAUUGAAUGGGAAGCCGUCGACGUCACCCCCGUGCGUGGACCAGAUGGAAAAUUCGGCAUUCCACAAGCUGCCAUCGAUUCGGUGAACACGAACAAGAUCGGCCUGAAGGGCCCUCUAAUGACUCCCGUGGGAAAGGGUCAUCGGUCACUCAACUUGGCCCUGCGCAAGGAGUUCAACCUCUAUGCCAAUGUGCGUCCCUGCCGCAGUCUGGAGGGCUAUAAAACACUGUACGAUGAUGUGGACGUAGUAACUAUCCGCGAAAACACCGAGGGCGAGUACUCGGGCAUCGAGCACGAGAUCGUCGAUGGCGUCGUUCAGAGCAUCAAGCUGAUCACCGAGGAGGCCUCCAAGCGCGUAGCCGAGUAUGCCUUCCAAUAUGCCAAGAACAACAAUCGCAAGAAGGUAACCGUCGUGCACAAGGCAAACAUUAUGCGUAUGUCUGACGGUUUGUUUCUGCGAUGUGUCCGUGACAUGUCCCAGAAAUUCCCGGAAAUCCAGUUCGAGGAGCGGUAUUUGGACACCGUGUGCUUGAACAUGGUCCAGAACCCUGGAAAAUACGACGUACUGGUCAUGCCCAAUCUGUACGGUGAUAUUCUAUCCGAUAUGUGCGCCGGUCUUGUUGGCGGUCUCGGCCUGACGCCCUCUGGCAACAUGGGCCUGAAUGGUGCGCUCUUUGAGUCUGUGCACGGCACCGCUCCCGACAUUGCCGGCAAGGAUCUGGCCAACCCCACUGCCCUGCUCCUUUCGGCGGUCAUGAUGCUGCGCCACAUGGAGCUCAACUCCUACGCCGAUAAGAUCGAGCGCGCUGCUUUUGAAACCAUCAAGGAGAGUAAAUACUUGACCGGAGAUCUCGGCGGUCGCGCCAAGUGCUCCGAGUUCACAAAUGAGAUCUGCGCUAAGCUGUAGAUUUCGCCCCGCAAAACCUGCCUCAACAAAAUCAGUAACGAAAACAGAAAGGUCGCCCCAGAAAAGUGCAGGUGGACGUAGAUGGACUCAGUAUGAAAAACAGCUAUUAAACACUCAUAACUUCGCCGCAGGUUUUUUAUUUUAAACUUUCUCAAAUUCUGCCAAACUUUGCUUUCCCCAACCACCAAACAAAACCAAUGAAAAAGAAAGAAAAGCUACCUAAAGUAUUUUAUGUUCGAAUACUUAUGUAUAUUAUUUAAUUUGUUCAGCCCACGCGUUGCACGCGUUCAGAUUCGCUAGUUUGCCCCAAUUUUUUUGCGUUACGUAGUUUAUUUGUGUCGACGUUCAACCGGCAACACGAGCUCCAUUGUUUAUAUAAUUAAUAUGCAACAAGUUAUCUGUAAUUAUUUAUUGAAAAUUGAUUUGUUAAGCCUUUUGUGUUAAGUUAAACCUUCCAUAACAGCAUUCAGCAAUGUUCACCACAGAGUAAAAGGCAGACUUUUCGUGGAGUUUAAUGGAAAGUGUAGAGCAAGACAAGUUUAAAGUUGAGUGAAAACGGUUACAAUAAUUUGAUCAGUAACACAAAAUACACACAAAAAGUGAAAGCUAGACAAAACAACAGAAAAACACAAGCUAUUGAAUUAAGCAAUUGUUAUUGAUAAUAAAGCUAAAUGUAAUGAAAAAGCAUCAGGCUAUUGUUAAAAAUCAAUCAAAUAAACCAAAUUAAAACCCA